GUUACUACGGGCGACUGACAACAGAGAGCGAACAGAGAGCGAAGCCGCGUAAAGCGAGGAUCGAUAAUAUUGUAGUGGCAGUAAUUAUUACUUUGAACCUCCUCGAAGAGGCUGAGUUGGUCUGAGCAACAUGUCGAGCAGUCCGAAUACAGCUGUGCCGGGGACAGGCUGGGGUGAGCGCUCUGCCAUCCCCAUGGCCAACGCUGAGAAUAAGGCUCUGCUAGAGGAGAUUCACAAAAAUGAGGUGGAGUUGCUGCAGCUGGAGGACAAGCUUGAGAGAGAUAAAGAUCAAACGAAGCUAAUGGCUGAAUUCUUCAAGAAUGCUAGACAAGAGCUGGAAAACACUGAGGCUCUCUGCAGGGGAAGGGAAAGAGAGGAGAAUUCUGAGAAACACCUGACAGCCCUCUCAGAUAGAGAGACAGGUCGCCUGGCCCAGGAGACCACUAGGAUAGAGAAAGAGCUUGGAUCUUUAGCAGAGCGGAAAGGCAUGCUAGAGAACCACACUUUCAAGGCCAAACUGAAGCUGGAGGAGUUUAUGCACCAGAUGAACUGGGACAAGCAGACCAUGGAUGCCUUUUUGGAGGAGUCGGCGCGCAAAGACGAGGACACAAUGGCCAUCAUCAAGUAUGCUCAGCAGGACGAGCAGAGGAUCAAGUCUCUCACUCUGGCUAUAGAGAAGAAAACACUGGAGGCCAGUGAAAAGCAAAAGGCACUGGUCAAAGAGUCGACCGAGACUUUAUCUGCUCAGAUUGCCUUGGAUAAGACUACAGAGAAUCUGCAGCAGGCUCACCUGGAGACCCAGCAGCUCAUCCAACAGUGGGAAAACACCAUCGAGCAGAUGAAGCAGCGGGAUGCUGACAUGCAGCAGUGUGCACUGCAAAUUACUCAGUUCAACCAGACCUGUAGGGAAAAAAAUGCCACCUUAACCGAGAGGAAGAACUUGCUGGAUACUCAGAGGAACAAUAACAAGGAGACUGAGAGGAAGGUUACCCUAGCUAACCGACAGGCAGCAAAACUGCAACAGGAUCUGAAGGAGCAGGAGAGUAACUGCAGCAGGCUGAGGGAUGAGCUGAAUACGUACAAAAACACACUGGACAGAACAACCACUGAUGUGGCGUCUCUGACAUCCCAAAUAUCCAGAAUGAAGAAAGACAUCCAGGAUAAAAAUGACAAACUCAGUGAGGCCAGGGCAUACAAUUGUGCACUGGAGGAGAAGCUCAAAGUGGUGACUCAGACGGCUCUUAGUGAGGAGGAGAGAGCUGCACAGAUGGAGCAGUUUCUCAAGGAUGAGUACCAGGCUAUCAAGGAGUUGGAUGUCCAGCUGUGUGACUGCAGGGAGGAGUUGUUACAUCAUAAAGAGGAUUUGCAGGCUGUCAAGAUGAAGGAAAAAGAUUUGACCUUGCAGGUUUCAAAGAGUAAAUCCGCCAUCAACAACCUGGAGUGUGAGCUCAGAAAACUGGAAAAGGAAAUGUUUAAACAGCAGAUGACCAUAAGUGAAAAGGGCUAUGAGAUAACAUUACUAGACAGAAAAUUGUCAAGGAUGCAAGGUAACGUUAACCAAGAAGAAAAGAAAAUGCUUGACACGAAGCUUGCUGAGCUGACCGAAGACCUUGAGGAGAAAAAAAAGAAAGCCAAAAAGCUCUCCAACGCUCUCAAGGAGGCUGAGGAUGAUAGUCGCAGUUUGAGUAAAGAGAUUGAGAAGUCUGAAGCUCACAAGAGAGAUCUGGCCAGCAAGGUACAGGAGCUCAUGCUGGUCCGUAACACCAGUGAAAAGGAGCUGAAGGCUCUCAAACUGAGGAAAGAGGAAGACAAAGUGGAGCACCUAAUCUUAAAGAUAAAGGUCAAGCGUGUGAGGGAUCUUCUGUACAGCAAGGCUGACAACAUGCUGUCACUGGAGAAGAGAAUGCUGCACCUGCAAGAGGCCAUGAAGGAGCGGGAGGAUGAGAUUAAGGUCUACAAAAAAAUGCUCAGCCAGCACCUCAAGAUCAGUGAGCAGGAGAGGCAGAAACUCAGUCUUGAACUCAGUGAGAAACUGUCCAAGAUUGACAAGAUGAAGAAAUGCUUCGAGACUGUGAGCCUUUCCCUGGCAGCUCCUGAAGGGGAAGAGGAGAAAUCACAGGCUUACUACAUCAUAAAGGCUGCACAAGAGGAAGAGGAGCUAAAGAGGAAGGGCGAUGGUCUGGUUGCUAAAAUCCGCAAAGUGGAGCUGGAGAAUACAGCUUUGGAAAACACCAUCCACUUGUUCAACGACAGUAACUCUGCAUUUCGCAAAUCCAUGAACAAAGUAAAUGAGUCCAGUCCAGAGUAUCAGGAAAAAUUGAAACUGGAAGGACAGUUGAAUGCAGGUGAAGAGAUGCUGAUCUAUAAGAAAAGACAAGCCCAAGAGAUUCAACAGGACAUACAGGACUUGAACAAUACCUUGGAGAGUCUGCUACAAGAAGAGCAGGUUGAGAAAGACAAGAUAAAGAACAAACAGUUCCUCAUUUCCAAACUGAACAAAGAAGUUGCUUCCCAGCAAGAGAAAGUUGACAGAGCCUCAAAGCAGUGCUCUAAGCUGACCAGAAAUGUCCGCUCAGCAAAGGGCACCAAAGGCGAAACCUUUGAAGAGAAAGACAUUAAGCUGAAGGAGUUGAAGGAAUUUAUCAAGAAUGUGGACAGAAUACUGAAUGAAGGCACGGAGGGCAAACCUGACCUCACAUCAGUGCUGGAGAAUUAUUUCCUGCAGGCCAAUCUGUCUCUUCCAUCUCCUUCUUCCACUCCUACCACCCAGCGGAGCUCCAAGUUAAGCUCCACCCACAGCUCCACCUUUCUCAGGUCUCCAGCAUCCUCAGCCAGCAGCAGCCUCCGGGCCUCUGUGCCUCACUCCCCCAAGCUGAAGACUGUGGAACUGAGCCUGGAUCUGACUGCGACCUCCCCUCCUCUCACCACCUCCAGAUGUUCCAGCUCUGCGAGUAGUUCAAGCAGCAGCAGAAAGUCAAAGAAGCUUUAGUGUUCUUUCUCCUCUGAUGGCUGCUUUAUUAUCAUUGGUGGA